UUUGGGAUUUAGGUAGACUGCUGUUCUGUCCUGACAGAGAUGAACACACAACUUUUGAAACUUGCUCUUGGGCAGCCUCAAGGACGGAUGCAGGCACUGCAAACAACACAGACAAGGAGACUGACAUAAAACCAGGGAAACAAGGACAAGACUUGCAGUUUGGGUGACACCGCUUUGAUGGUGUAGGAGCAGUUUGUAGGAGCCAGAUUCAAAUACCAGGACAAGAAAGAUUGAGCUCCGCUGAAAGAUUUAGGGUUAGGCAAGCCUCAAUCAAGAAAAGGCUUCGCCUCCAUGUAGGAGCACAGCGUGGAACUGCAAAAUACGUUUCAUUCCAAUGUUUGUAAAAAUCAAUCCAAAGAGAAGGUAAAAAAAAAAACGAAAAUUAACGGUUUUCCUCACCGUUCAUACGGAUUUCUGGAAUCACACGGUUAUUCACAGGAUAUACCACUGGGCUGUCGGACCAAUGGGGAAGCAAUGUGGAGUGAGGGAAGAGACUUUAUAACUAAGAGAAAAGUUUAGCUAGGGGCUAAGAACGGAUUUCUCUCUCAAACCGAGAUACGGUUGUACCUGAAUCAAAACCGUGAUGAUAUAAACUGAAACGUACCCGAUCAUUAGCUGUACCGCAUCCGGAAAGGAGAAAAAGGGGGCAUUUUAUACCGAGGCGCUUGCAGCAUGUGAAUGAAAACACUCACUUAUCCCAUCAAGGAUUUAAACUUCAUGCACACAAUAAAUCGCAACAUAAAUUCUUAACAGUUCCACCUACCCUGAAAGACUCCUGUCAGGAUGGCGGAUGCACAUCCGAUAAAUUCCGGAGUUCUGAUACCUUAGGUGAAGGCGUGCAAGAAAAGUUUCUCUUGGGAGAAUUUAGGUACCGAAGAAUUGAUCAUUUCCCUUCACGUUUGGAGCUACGAUGCUGUUCACUUGGGGUACAUUUAUCCACGCAUUUCUAAUAUUGCUAGUUAAAGCCAACCAAAGGAGUGCAAGAGACCCUACAAACUGCGAACUAAACAAGAAACAAAGUGAAUUGAAUUCUUUCCUGUGGACCAUCAAGAGGGAUCCCCCAUCUUACUUUUUCGGCACUAUCCAUGUUCCGUAUACCCGGGUUUGGGAUUUCAUCCCAGACAAUUCCAAGAAAGCUUUCCAAGAGAGCAACAUUGUCUACUUUGAGCUGGACUUGACUGACCCUUACACCAUCUCAGCCCUAACCAGUUGCCAAUUGCUGCCUCAGGGGGAGAACCUGCAGGAUGUCUUACCACGUGACAUUUACAGAAGGCUGAAACGUCACCUGGAGUACGUCAAACUGAUGAUGCCCUCUUGGAUGACCCCCGACCAGCGGGGCAAGGGUCUGUAUGCAGACUACUUGUUCAACGCCAUUGCUGGGAAUUGGGAACGAAAGCGACCGGUUUGGGUGAUGCUGAUGGUGAAUUCCCUCACGGAGGCGGAUAUUAAGACGAGGGGAGUGCCUGUCCUGGACCUGUACCUAGCUCAAGAAGCUGAGCGGAUGAGAAAGACCACAGGGGCCGUGGAGAAGGUGGAAGAGCAGUGUCACCCUUUGAAUGGGCUGAAUUUCUCUCAGGUGAUUUUCGCUCUGAACCAGACUCUGCUCCAGCAAGAGAGUCUCAGGGCCGGCAGCCUUCAGGUGCCCUACACCACAGAAGAUCUCAUCAAGCACUACAACUGUGGAGACCUGAACUCCAUCAUUUUCAACCAUGACACCUCCCAAGUUCCUAACUUUAACAAUGUCACGCUGCCCCCCAAUGAACAAGUGACUGCUCAGGAGAUUGACAGCUACUUCAGGCAAGAGCUGAUCUACAAGCGUAAUGAGAGGAUGGGGAAACGGGUGCGAGCACUUCUGGAGGAGCAUCCACACAAGAGCUUCUUCUUUGCCUUUGGGGCUGGUCACUUCCUGGGAAACAACACAGUGAUUGACGUGUUACGGAGUCAAGGCUAUGAAGUGGAGCACACACCUGCCGGGCAGCGCAUUCACAGCGCGAAGGCGAGGGCGCCCUCUUUCCCUCUGCACACGCCGUACUCCCCCGGCCAGGAGCUGGAGCCUGCGUCCCACCUGGAGCCCUUUCUCCACGAGCACCAGCAGCCCCAGCACGAGGAGGAGGAGCUGCUGCCCCACGUGCUCCUCCCAGACAGCCUGGACCUGCUGGAGAAGGUGGAGCGCAAGCUGAAGAGGAAGCGCAAGAACAAGCAGAAGAAGCAGCGCCUCCGCCAGUUCAACGACCUGUGGGUCCGCAUCGAGGAGAGCACUACUGUUGCACCUCCUCCUCCUCCACUGGUCCGAAUUAUAAAUGGAUACAUCACAGUCCAGCCCCCACCUCGGGGAUAUGGGAGAUCCAGUCACAUCAGAACAUGCCUGAAUUCUGCCUCGUCUUCUACUUUGUCAUUCUUUACUCUCGUAUUGACAGUAUUUGCUCACACAUUGACGUUAGAGCUAUACUAGACUCCCAGCUCCACUGCUCAUCUGUCUGAAGCAGAACACAAGAGUAAAUGGAUGGACGGGUUUCAGUGGAGAACCGUUGGACUCGUCUGAAAUGUUUGGUUGGCAAAUUAAAUAAUAUGGGCAGUCCUUCCACUAUCUUCAGGAAGCAUUAUUUUCUACCCAUUAAUUUAUUCUUCUCUUCUGAAGAAUCUGUUUUUCUAUCCCAUAAUGCCUUGGGAAGUGUAUAUAACUACUGUAUUAUAGGUGUAAUUUAGAAAUAUAAAAUGAAAUUAUGAUUUUUUGUAAAAAUAAAAAGCAUUAUAUUUUUCUGGAUAAUACUGGCACUAACCACAUCUAUAAUAGAAAUAUUUUCCUAUCUUAGACUGAUCAAAACUCUUAUAAUAUACAGGAUGUCAUAUCAUGUGGAUGUGAGAAUGAUUAUGUUGACUUUAAGUAUUAUGCUUUUUGGUUUUGUUCAGAGAUGUUUUUGUUUAAAUGUUUUAAAGUAGAGGUUACUCAUUUAAUUUAUUAAUGUAGUCUCACGUAACCUAAAGUAUUUUGAGUGUUGCAGUCCUUACUGUGAUAUGUAAAAAUCUUUUUUUAAUACCUCCUAGAAGUUAACAGCUAUGUUUUGUUUUUUUUAUAAAUGUGGCUCAUCUUGUAUUUCAUUUUUCCAGUAUGCUCUACUGUUAAAUCUAAUAAAACAAGCUCCAUCAAUUGCUAAUGUUAAGUAAGUGCUAAGAUAUUACUAAUAAUUUGAGUCCACGAUUAUGCUUUACCUUUACACGUUACUUGUUGUAGUUUUCUGAAACAGGCUUUUUUUAAAGGGUACUCUUAACUGUUUUCCAUUAUUUGGGAAUUUGAACUCACUUUCUACCAGCAUCUCCUUGAAUUACAGUGCCAGAAAUGCUCAAAUAGAUUAAUACCCAACCAUUAAACAAUCACAUAUAGGUAAAUAUGUUUUGAUAUUCUUAUGAUGUAUACCAAUGUGGAUUAGAGGGUUAAAUUCUCAGUUUUGGGUGGGUACAAAAAGAAAACAAUUAACAAUUCCAAAUUUAAAACAUCAAAGCCUUUAAAACUGGCCCCAUAAAUACCAAAGGAAAUAGCAGCAAAGGAGGAAACUGUGACAUAAGUAAUGGUUUGAGUGGCCAUUUGGUCUUUUAGCUAUUGGAAUGUUAAAGAACAUAGUUAAGAUGUGAAACACGGCUCUAGGAAUAUACUUUACACCAAAGUUAUGAGUGAAAUGUCUUAAUUAUAACAAGGUGCAACAUUGAGGUUGUAUUUUAUACCCCUUCCAAGAUAUAAAGAUGCUAAUUUCAGUCAGCAGACAGGUUAGAUUGUGCUCGUCAUCUUACACAGGAAGUGCAUGGAAUGGGAAGUCAGUGGCCAGGUGAGUUAAACCUACAUUGUGGCUAAAGUACCAGGACUGAUUCACUAACGUGAAGAAACCGAUCAUUAAUACUACAGCUUACAUAGAGCAGGUGGAAAUAAAAAGUGGGAACAGACACACACAUGACAUAAUUUUUGAUCAAUGGAAGAUUUUUGAUCAAUGGAAGUUGGAAUGAAAGAAACUCCAACUUUUUUAUCCUUGUACUGUAGAUGUUCUUUAAAUCUAUAUUUUGUCAUUAUUAAUGUUCUCACACCUGUGGGUUUAUUCAAAUAUGAAUUUAGGUGUUAAUUGAGGUAUUCAAUUUUGUUUCACAGACAAUAGAAAGGGUUAUCUUUUCUUAACGUAGUACUUGAUAGUAUUAUAAUAAAAGAAGACAUUGAAGUUACAGUACAAUUGCCAUCAAAGUCGAAAUAUUUCAAAUUGAAUUUAAAACAACUGUAUUACGUUUUAUGUUCUCAAGAGCUUCGUUUUCAUCACAACCACCAGGUUCUGAGGGCCCAAUUCUGGAGAAUUGUGCUACAGAAUUGGAGAAGAUAUGUGAGGGUUUACCUUUUAGUGUAUGUAUAAUAGGCUUUCAACAAAGAGACUUAAAAAUAAUAGGGGCCUCCAGUUUUAGUGAUCUGUGUUAAUCCCAAAAAAUGUUAAAGUAAUUAAUGUGUUUGUAGGUAUGAGGUAUGCCUGAUUUCCACUUAUGCCACUAAUAGUUUUGGCCAUAAAAACUUAACAGAGCCAUCAGUUCCCUUUUGGAGGUUAGAAGAUUAAUCCUAUCUUAUAAAUUGUGUGAAUUCACCCAGGAUACUGUUGCCAUCUAGUGGAAACAUACAUCAGUAUUUAAAAGUGGAUUCUUCUGCCUUUGUAACCACAUGUAUGGAACUGUUGAUAGGUUUCAAUUUAGUUCACUGAACACAAUUGUAAAUUUGCUGCUGGUGUACAUUGCAGUAAUUCCAUCUAUGUGUUUAAGGCAUGGAUUUUUUUUCGUGACAUAGAAAAUAAUAUGCCCUACUGGAACAGAUUUUGCCACUAUAAGUGUUAUUACUGGACCAGUAGUAACAGUGUUCUUUUUGGACCAGAGUUGGACCUGUGACUGGUAACACUGUGCUGUAGGAGAUGUAUUACUUUGGAUGAGAUGUUAAACUAAGGUCUUUAAUUCUUAGACACUGCUCAAAAGACCAGGAGCGUUUUGGCUAAAUUCCAAUUUGGGAUUGCUCAACCUGUGCUCCGUAAAGUUCCCCUUGAACUCAGUUGCUGAAGUAAUGUCUAACAUCUUCACCAAGGCCUACAAUAAAGUUUCCUGUA